AUGUCCUUCCCCACACUGCACGCCCGCGCAGAGGGCAAGCCGUUCGAGCAUCGCUCCUGCCUUACGCCCACCACCGCAAAAAAGCUUCUCGACGCCGGCUACCCUGUGCUAGUCGAGCGCAGCCCCAAGGACCCCAACUACUCGCGCAUCUUCAAGGAUGAGGAAUUCGAACAGGCUGGAGCUACCCUGGUCGAUACCAACUCCUGGGAGACGGCGCCUGAAGACCGCAUCAUUAUUGGCCUCAAGGAGCUGCCCGAGGAGGAGUCGCCGCUCAAGCACACUUUCGUACACUUUGCGCACUGCUACAAGCAGCAGGGCGGCUGGGAACAGGUCCUCGCCCGCUUCCCCCGCGGUGGGGGCACGCUCUACGACCUCGAAUUUCUCCAGGACUCCACCGGCCGAAGAGUCGCUGCGUUUGGUUACCAUGCCGGCUUCGUUGGUGCUGCUCUAGCUAUCAAGACCUGGUCAUGGCAGCUCACUCACCCCAACGGCGAGCCCCUUCCCGGCAUCGAGACCUUCACCGAUGGCCGCGGCUACUACAACAACGAGACUGAGCUCAUCACCCAGCUCAAAGAAGACGUCGCAGCAGGCGAGAAGGUCGCCGGUCGCAAGCCCAGCUCGCUCGUCCUCGGCGCCCUUGGCCGCUGCGGUAGCGGCGCUGUCGACCUCCUCGAAAAGGUCGGCUGCCCUGAGAUUAAGAAGUGGGAUCUCCCUGAGACCAAGGACCGCGACGGCCCAUACCCCGAAAUUAUUGAGAGCGACCUCUUCGUCAACUGCAUCUACCUGUCCAAGCCCAUCCCGCCCUUCGUCAACCUCGAAUCGCUCAAGUCGCCCAACCGCAAGCUGAGCGUCGUGUGCGACGUCAGCUGCGACACCACGAAUCCGCACAACCCAAUCCCCAUCUACAGCAUCAACACUACGUUUGAUAAGCCCACCGUGGAGGUGCCAGUGGAGGGCAACGGACCUAGGUUAUCGGUCAUCUCGAUCGAUCACCUUCCGUCUGCGCUGCCACGAGAGUCAUCCGAGGCUUUCAGCGAUGCACUGUUGCCCAGCUUGUUGGCGCUCAAGGACAGGGCAACGGCGCCCGUGUGGCAGGGUGCGGAGAAGCUGUUCAAGGAGAAGGCUCAGACGCUACCAGGUGGUGUCCCGGCCAAGGAGGUGUAA